GGAAAUGAAAAGAAUUGUUUGAAAUUGAAGUAGGGUUUUUUAUUGUAGAUUUAGCUUAUUCAACCUUUUAUUUUAUAUUGUUUUAUUGAAAACGUAAUAAACUGCAUAAAUGUUCAGGAAUAACAACUGAAAAUGUCGUAAAUUAAUGACUUUGUACAAAGAAAGACGGAAAAAAAUCUCCAAAAACUUUAAAGCAGCGUGGAAAUAUGAUGAACCGAGCCGAAGAUACCGAGUCUACGGACGACACACCAACAUGCCUGUCCGGACAAACGAAAACAUCUUCCUCCAGAGAUUUAACCCAGGAGGAGCAGGGUAGAUUCAAAACUGAGCGAGUUCUUGUAUCUGAGUUCAAACAAAUAAAACUGGAGAAAGAAGCUCGAAAAAACUGGGACUUGUUUUACAAAAGAAACGCCACAAAUUUCUUCAAAGACAGACACUGGACAACCAGGGAAUUUGAAGAACUCAAAGAGUGUCGUGAGUUUGAGUCCCAGAAGUUGGUUUUGUUGGAAGCUGGCUGCGGCGUGGGAAACUGCCUCUUUCCUUUGCUGGAGGACGACCUCAACAUAUUUGUUUACGCCUGUGACUUCUCCCCACGAGCUGUUGAGUUUGUAAAACAAAACCCUCUAUACUGCCCUGAGCGCUGUUGUGCCUUCCAGUGUGAUUUAACCAAAGAUGAUCUGACAGGAAAUGUUCCGGAGGGAAGCGUGGAUGUUGUCACUCUUAUCUUCGUCCUGUCCGCCGUUCAUCCAGAGAAGAUGAAGCUGGCUUUGGAGAACAUUAACAAGGUGUUGAAGCCUGGCGGCGUCGUGUUGUUCAGGGACUACGGCCUGCAUGACCACGCCAUGCUCCGCUUUAAAGCCGGCAGCAAGCUCGGGGAAAACUUCUACGUCCGUCAGGAUGGAACCCGGUCCUACUUCUUCUCAAAGGAGCAUCUGGCUCAGCUGUUUAAAGAGGCUGGCUUUGUGUCUGUGGUGAACGACUACGUCCUGAGAGAAACGGUCAACAAGAAGGAAGGGCUUUGCGUCCAGAGAGUCUUUUUGCAGAGUAAAUUCACCAAAGCCGCUCUGCCUCAAGUUUCCUGAUGUGUCUAGGAUUUUUAUAUUUGUUUUAUUCUGGAGAAAUGUUCAGAACUUUGAACUGCUCAGACAUGAAAGGAAAAAAUCAUGAAACUUGGCAGCACAACAUUCACACGAUGAGAUUUUUUAAACGAUUUUUCUGUGAAAUUAAGAAAAUGAGGGAGAAGAACUACGUAAACUGCAUUCUAGCUUGGAAAAUGUGCACAUUUCUUUAGCCGUUUAAAAGAUGAUCUUGUUCCUGUAAAAAUUCAAAAACUGUAAAAUAUUAAAGCCUUGCACAUCAGUAGGCCUUUUCCUAACCUCUGACAAGAGUUUAACACGUUCAAUAUUUCUCUGAGGAUUCUCUGUUUUGUGAGCAAAUAUUGAAACAUUUGUACAAUAAAAAAUGUUUGCCCUUUCAA